AUGAAUCCACCGGAAAUUUUAAAGUUUCAAAAAAGUUUGACUGUUCCUGAAGAGCUCGAAAAUGAAGAAGAUGAUGAAAGUGGAAAAGGAUCUUUUCGAAAAACAACUUCGAUUUCUUUUUCGAAUAGUGGUGAGUUUUGAGGAAAUUUGGCUAAUUUUCAGGAUAAUUUGGGCAGAUUUAGCAAAUACGCUCCAUUGAACACAUUGUGUUUUGAAGUUAUUUUCAAAAAAUUAAUUUGAUUUUGUAGAGCCAGUUUUCUGAAGAUUUAAAAAAAUGCCGAUUGAGCAAGUUUGCUCCUCUGAACAAACUGAUUCUCUAUUUAUUUUUCAAAAAGAUUGUUUUUGUUCCGUAGAGCAUAUUUGCUAUUUUUAUUCAAAGAUCUUUAAAUUUUUCCGGAAAUAAGUUUAUUUUUCGGAUGCCGGGAGGUGUUGUAAAUUUGGCUAAUUGUGUUUUGUUUUCGAGGGUCUUGCUUUAAAUUUUUCGAAAUUUUUUCAACUUCAAUUUUAAAAACCUCUAACUCAAAUUUCAAAACGCUAGCUUUUCUACUAAAUCCCCUUCAAUUACCGCAAUGGUCAGAUAGCGCAGUGGCAGCGCUUUUGCUUUUCACCCGCAUGACCCAGGUUCGAUGCCGCUCGCCUGCAAAAUCUUUUUCAUCUCUUUUUUUUCCAGCCGAAAUGACGCAUUUCCCAAAACUUUUUAAAGUUCAAUUGGCUGCAUAAAAAUGCAAUUAACCACACGAAUUUUCGAAUUUUUCCCAGUUUUCUGCCAUUUGGGUUUUCUCUAACAAUAUAUUAAAAAGUGCAACUUUUUCGAUUAUUUAUCGUAAAUAACAUCUAUUUUUAUGAAGCGUUCUGUCAGACAAAAAUUUUAAUUAAAAAUUUCUCGAUAAUUAUUAUCUAUAAAAAAAUGUUGAAUUUUUUUUUGGAACUACAAACUUUUGUUGAUUUUUUCGUGGGAUUUUUUAGUUAGGUAAAUAGAAAAAGUUAGGACUUCUUCCAUGUUUUUUGUUUUUUCUCAUCCCUCAAAAUAAAAAUUCGUACAUUUGUCUUCCAAUUCAAUAAUGUGUGGCUUCUUUGACUUUUUAAUUAAAUUUCAAAUUUGAUUUUCUGCUUUUUUGCUAGAAAACUUUUUUCCUUGCUUUGCAAUUUUUUGGUCUCAUUUCCCGCAAUUUUUCUGGUUGGGAAAACAAAAUCCCCAGGCACAAAUUCACAAUUUUUGAAUAUCUAUGCUAGCGAGAAAAAAAGUGGGGAGUUGUUGAAAAAACACGAAGAAAAAUGAAGUUUUUUGGGCUUCAGGAAAUUAUAUUUUUUAGAAUUUAGAUUGUUGUGAAAUUUGUUUUUUUGCUCGGAUUAUUGAAAUUUGAAAUUGAAAUGUGGUUUUUAGUUACGAAAUCUGAAUUUUGUUUCGCAGCUCUUGAAAUCCCAAAAUCAGAAAAUCCACGUGGCAAAAUUGAGCCAGCUGAAAAUUCUGAAAUUCAAAUUUUGCCACGUCAUAUUUCAGAUUUGAGCUAACUAAAUGUUGAUUUUGGAAUCUUGGUCGGAAGAAAUCAGAUCUCUGAAAAUCUUCCAUAAAAAAUGAAAUUGAAAUUGCCACGUCAUAGUUCACGAGAUUUUUUUUAAAACUCAAAAAAUUUAUAUUUUUUCUAGUUUGCACUGAUUUCAAGUUGCCACGUCAUAGCUAAUUUCAAAUUUUUCCAGACACAAUGCAAGCCCAAACAUCAGAAGAUCGUGGAAGUGGAAAUGGAGACUGUAAGUUUCAGCAAAAAAAUAUGUUAGGGUAAUUUUUAGCUGGGAAUUUGAGCCUCAAGAUUUAAAAAUGUUUUCAGAAAAUAAUUUCAGUUCAAAUUUGAAAAUCAAAGUUCCAGCUAGAUUUUUUUCAGUAAAUUAUUUCAGUUAGAUUUUAAAUUCAAAAUUUUCCAGAUCUUUUUCAGCCAAACUUCACAUUUCAAAUUUUUCCAGGCGACAUUGCGCGACUGCGCGAAAAACAAUUUCUCCUCUCCUGCGAACGUGGUGACAUCGGAAGUGUUCGAAAACUAUUGGCCAAUAUUUCCGGCGAAAAUUUCAAUUUGAACACGUUGGAUCCCUUGGGAAGGUUUGUUUACUUAUUGUUAUUUUUUUUUACUUAUUUUUCCUUGGAGCCAAAAAUUUACUCAAAAAAAAAAGAAGAAGCUGAAAGAUUUCCGGGGAUGAGGAAAGAAAAAUCUCAAAAUCUCAUAAAAAACCAAUAAACUUCAUCAUUGCGACUCUUCGAGAAAAGUUGACACAUUUUUCUUCGAAAAUUUUUUUGUGCUUUGAAAGUUGAGAUUUAUGAAUUAUUUAGGUGGGAGAUGAUAUAAAAAUAGCUGAUUUUUGCGUGAUUCAAAAAUUUUUAAAUUUUUAGAAAUCUAAUGAGAGAGGGAUUAAGAACUUUUCAAAUUUAUCAGGGGUUUGCAGUUCGGAGUACUGUAGUGUUUUCUCGUAGCUCUGGAUGCAAAAAAAUCUGGAAUUUUUGCAGUUUGGAUUACUGUAGUUCUGGAUUCAGAAGAACAUGAUUUUUGCAGUUUGAGAUACUGUAACUCUACUCUCAGAAGUUAUUUCUUAAUUUUAAAAAUUAUACUGUAGUUUCUGCUUUUGCAGUUUGGAAUACUGUAAUUCCACUUUAGGAUAUAACACAUUAAAGUACUGUAGUUUUUUUUUCAAACUUCUCAAUUCCCAGAAAAAUCUGAAAAAAAUUAUUUUUGCAGUUCUCGGUACUCUAGUUCUAGAACCAGAAAUCAAUUCAACAAAAUAAUAUUCUCAGCUUUUUCAGUUUCAGAGAAUUUUCAAACCCCGAACAUUUUCCCUGAAAAAUCUGGAAACCCAAUCUUCUCAAAUUCCUUUCAGAAAUGCACUUCUCAUCGCAAUUGAAAACGAGAAUAUCGAAAUGAUCGAAUUACUAUUGGACCAUAAUAUUGAGGUUUGAUUCUCUUCUUUUUUUUGCACUUUUUGAAUAAAUCUGAAAAAAAAAUGAAAUUUGCAGACAGGAGACGCGAUUUUGUAUGCAAUUGGUGAGGAAAACGUGGAGGCUGUGGAGAUAAUUGUGGAGCAUUUGGAAAAAAUGGACAAAUUUGAUGCGGAGGUUUGUUUGGGGAACUUAUCUGAAUUUUUAUUGUUUAACCCAAUCGGGAUUUUAUCAAAAAGGUAGAUUUAAAAUUUUUAUGAGGCCGAGGCUUAAACUUGAAAGUUUCUAUGCCUAAAAAAUUUUUAAAAUAAAAAAAGUGAGGCUAGCUGUCAAGUAGCCGCGCCGAAAAAACAUCAUUGUCUAGGACUCACAUCUAUAGAUACACUCUGGCAAGGAGCCUUGCCUUGAGAGCAUUUAAAUCAAGUAACCAAGUCUAGAGAUCCUAGAUCUUAAGUAGUCGUGCCUAGAGUUCAAUUUUGAAAAAAUAAAUUUUUGAAAAAAAACCGUAGAAUUUUUUUCAGAAAGAACAAUAUUUAUAAAAAAUGUUUCAACAAUUUCGCGUGACCCAAAUUUUUCCAAAAAUUCUUAUUUCAUUUUAAAAUAUUCAUUUCUCAUUAUUUUUUAUUAGCAAAGUUUAGAAUUUUGAAUAAUUUUUUCAAGUAAGUUGAGCAGAAAAAAAAUGGAAAAAAUAUUUUUCAAAAAAAAAUUCCCGAAUUUUUUAUACCAAUAAGGUUAUCUCAAAUCCCAAGAUAACUUUUUUUGGAAAAACUUUUAAAUUCAAAAAGUUAGGCCAACUCUUCUUCCUCCCUCCCCUCAACUUCCAAUAAUUUGCAGCGUCAAGGUGUCGAAAUAACCGAACACUCUGCUUUCACACCAGAUGUCACACCAAUAGUUCUAGCCGCUCACAAAGACAACUACGAAUGCAUCAAACUAUUCCUCGAUAAAAAAGGAAGUGUUCCACAUCCGCACGAUGUUCGUUGCUCAUGUCAAGAAUGUUAUGUGGCACGAGAAGAAGACUCUCUGCGAUUAUCUCGAUCUCGGAUAAACGCAUAUCGUGCUCUAACAUCACCCUCUUUGAUUUGUCUUUCAGCGAGGGAUCCGAUUUUAUAUGCUUUUGAAUUGAGUUGGGAAUUGAGGCGAUUGAGUUAUAUUGAGAAUGAAUUCAAGACUGAUUAUGAAGAAUUGUCGCAGAAAUGUCAGAAAUUUUGUGUUCAUAUGUUGGAUCAAGUUAGAGGUUCGAAAGAAUUGGAAAUUGUUUUGAAUCAUACAACAAAUGCGUGGCAUGAUGUGACGUCAGCAAAUACGGCAAAUACGGAACAAUUGGCUAGAUUGAAAUUGGCUAUACAACUUUCACAAAAACGGGUGAGCAAUUGAGGGUUAGGGUUAUGACGUGGCACAAAAAACUCUCAAAAGAACAAAGAAAAAUGAAAUAAUAGCAAGUGUGCUCCAUCGAACAAAGUGUGUUUCAUCAAAAAAUUCAAAAAAUUAAAAAUUUUAAUUUUUUUGUUCCAGGAGUUUUGUGUUUCUCAAAUCUCUUUAUAAAUUUAAAAAUAACAUUUGAAUUUUUCACCAGAACAUGUUUUGUUCACUGGAGCGAAUUUGCUAGUUUUAUCCGUUUUCACAUGAUUUCAGGAUUUAAAAAAAAAUGAAAAUUUGAAUUUUUCAUAAAAAUACUAGUUGUUCGCUGGAGCGAAUUUACUUUUUUCAAUCUAAUUUUAACGAUUUCUAUUCUUGAUACGAAGAUGAUACGAUUAACAAAUUAAAAAAAAUGAAAAUUUGAAUUUUUCAUAAAAACACCAGUUGUUCGCUGGAGCGUCCUUGCACCCUAUUUUUAAAAAAUAUUUUUCCACGAUAAAAAAUCUAAUUUUUGUUAAUUUCCAGUUCGUCGCUCAUCCAAAUUGUCAACAACUUCUUCUCGAUAUUUGGUACGAUGGCGUGGAAAACAUUCGAAACUGCAACUAUUUCUACAAAUUCAUAUUUUAUAUUUUCGGCAUGAUGAUGUUUCCGAUCCUCUCAUUGAUCUAUUUUUUUGCUCCACAUAGUCCAAUCGGAAGAUUUGCUCGAAAACCUUUUAUUAAAUUCUUGUCACAUACUGGUAGUUAUAUUUUCUUUCUUGGUGAGUUUUGGAAUCUGAAAGUGGUCCCAAAAAUUGCUCCAAAAUUUGCAGUUCUAUUAAUAAUGGCAUCUCAACGCGUUCAAGUAAUCGAUCAACUUUUCAACACUGGCGAAUUUCGAAAAGAAACUCGAGGUCCGCCUCCAACAAUUAUUGAAUGCGCUAUUUUAUUAUGGGUACUUGGUUUGAUAUGGGUUGAAAUCAAACAAUUAUGGGAAUCUGGUCUAUUCAAUUAUUGUCGAAAUUUAUGGAAUAUUUUGGAUUUCAUCACGAAUUCGCUAUAUUUGUGCACUUUUGCAUUGCGGGUUGUUAGCUAUUAUCAGGUUUGUUGAUUUCAAAAUUCCCUUUGAAAUUCAGAAUUUCAAAGCUUCAAUAUUCAAAAAUUCACAAAUUUUUUGUGAUUUCGAAAAUGCCUUCCUUGAUUCCUUCAAAUUUUAAUUUCAGGUCGAAAAAGAAUCAUUGAUACACAAAAAUGCUCGUCGAAUUGCUCGAGCCGAAUGGGAUUCUUUUGAUCCAACUCUGGUCGCCGAAUGUUUUUUCUCAACUGCCAACAUUUUUUCGUCGCUGAAACUUGUUCAUGUUUUUACUGUUAGUCCACAUCUUGGACCAUUGAAAAUCUCGUUGGGUGAGUUGAGACUUUUUUCAGAUUAAAAAAAAUAAUUUUUUGAACAAGGAAGUUCUUGUAGUUUCAAGUUAGAAACCUAAACUUUUGCAGUAAAAAUACGCCUUGAAAAAAUCCGCAAGCACCACUACCCACAAACACCUGCAAUAAUUCCCGGGAAAAUUCAAAAUGACGCCAAAAAAGAAAAUAUUUUUCGCAAAAAGAUACGGUAUGCAAAUGCACACAUUGCAUUUGGUUUGACGCGCAUUUAUUUUUUAUUUUUGGUUUUUUUGUACAGUUUUUGAUGAAAUCUGUUCGAGCGACAAAUUUCACUUCAAUUUAUUGAUUUUUAUUUUCAGGUGAUGGGCCUUCAACUCGGAAAGUUGGAAAUAUCGGAGGAUGUUGAAGAAAAGGUAAAAUUCACGGAAAGUCUGAUUGUUUUCUAAUUUUGUUUUUUUCCAGGGAUGGUUUGAUAUUCCUUAUAAACUUCGAAGUACUAUUAUCGAUUUGAUGGAUACGAAAUCAAAAUGUCGAUUCGCGAUUUGUUCAAAAAAAUGUGCAGAAGAAGUUGAAAUGAGUGGAAUUGAUAUCGAAUCAAUCAAAGUAUUCAAAUACCGGAGAAAUUCAUUGGCUAUUAAGAUUAUAUCAAAAGAUGUUGAGAAAGUACUCGAGUUUACUGACUCUUCAGCCGACCACAGUUCCACUCUUUUUCAUCUUUUCUUCCUCUUCUUCACUUAUCUUCUUCAUAUUUUCUACCGCUUGUUCGAUCUUCUUCUGAACCCUUUUCUCCACUCGCCUUCUUCAUCCGCCCACCUGGCUAACUGUCGGCCUAAAAAAGUUCGUGUGAUCUGCUCAGAUAUCAAUUUCAAUCGCAAUUUUUGGGAAAAAAAAGAAAUUGGAGAAGUUGAUGAUGUUAUUCUCAAAUAUUAUGAUUAUUUCAUCAAAAUUGGAAGUAAAAGUUUGAAAGAGUUAAAAAUCGAGGUGAGCUUGAGAUUUUGUUGAAAAUAUUCAAGUUAUUUUUCAGGACGGUGUAUCUUUUGAUGGAAAACGAAACAUCAAACAAUUGCAAAAUUUGGAAAUUCUUGAAUUGAAAAAGAGAGUCGAUUUUAGAUUUUGCGAUUUUCAACAACUUUGUAAAAUUGAAAAACGCGUUUAUUUGGAAAUCCCAAAAUUAUCAAUCGAUCAAGUAUUUCAAAUGGAAGCUGAAGAAAUUGAACUUAAAUCAGUGAAAUGGACAUUUCCGGAAGUCAACACUUUUUUGAAGCGCUGUAUUGAUGGAGAACUGAACAGAAACAUUCAAUAUUUACGGUUGAAUUUUAAUUGGUCUUUAGACAGCGAGAUUUUCGAGAACUUGAAUAAUGUUUCAGUAUAUCCGUAUGGGUAUGAUUUACUGAUUUCUUUCAAAACAAAAACAAAAUAAUUUCCAGAGAGAGUGAUGAAUAUGAAGAAUAUAAGUUUCAAUAUAAAAAUCAACCGAAUUCAUAUCUUACAGUCUGUUAUUAUGAUUUUGAAGGAGAACUUUCAAUUUUCACACAAAAAAAGUAAAUUCACAACUGGUUUUGAUAAUUUAGUAGGUUUCUGAAUUAUUAUUGUUCUUCUGCCUAUAUAUUUCUUUAAAUUAGAGUUUUUGAUUGUGUUGUUAAUAAAUCAUUUGUUAAUUGUUUCUCUGCGUCUCCGAUGUUCCUUCUCCAAAACUCCGAGUUUAUUGGCGGGAAGUUUGAAAAUUCUAGCGCACGUAUUUUGUUGCUGAACAAAAAUCCUCGAUUCGCUGUUUAAACGGACUUGAUUUAAUUUUCCAUGAAAAUCUCAAAAAAAAAAUUUUCAAUUUGAAUUUUCCUGAUCAACAUGAUAAAAAACCUUCCAAAAUCCAAAAAAAUGCUAAAUUUCAGGUCGAAUGGUAAUCGAUAUAGUGAAAUUUUUCAUGGUCUACGCUUUGGUUUUAUUCUCAUUUUCAUGUGGUCUCAAUCAACUUCUCUGGUAUUAUGCAUCACUUCGAGCCGAAGAAUGUCUAAAAUUCAAAUCAAAUAAUGAAGAUCAUAAAAAUCUAGAAGAAUCAUGCGCAGAUCAUUAUAAAUCGUGUGCGAGUUUAUAUCACACUGCUGAAACUCUAUUUUGGGCACUUUUUGGUUUGAUUGAUUUGACACAUUUUCGAUUGAAAGAACCGCAUAUUUUAUCCGAAUGGACUGGAAAAACAAUAUUUGGAUCUUAUUGUUGUUGUUCGAUUAUUGUUUUAUUGAAUAUGUUGAUUGCUAUGAUGAGUAAUUCAUAUCAAUAUAUUUCGGUAGGAUUUUUUUUUGAAGAAGCGGAAAAGAAAAAUGGCUUCUAGGUUUGAAAUAUCGAUUUUUGCUGAAAAACCAUCAGAAAUCACGAUUUUCAACCCAAAAUUCAGAAAUAAUCUAUAAUUUUAAGCAGUUCGGGGUACUGUAGAACUUUUGCAAUUUUAGAGAUACCGUAGUUUUGCAGUUCAUGAGACUACAGUAAUUCUUUGAGGUCACCUAUACCCCUCAACAGUGAAUUUUGAAGUACAGUACUUCUUGCAGUUUGAGCCAUAGUAUAUUUUAGAUAUUGAUUUGACUUGUGGAGUAGAGUACUGUAGAUCUGAUGUACCGAAAUUUGGGUUACUGUAGAUUCUGAUUCUGUAGGUCAAAAAUAUUUUAGAGAUCUUUUCGCUUUUCAAUAUCCUAAAUAUUUUAAAGACACGUAGAAAACUAGAAAUCGUUCAAAAAUCAUUAUUUGCAUGUUUUUUAUCAUCCUUCAAAUAGUGGAAGUACAUAAACAAAAGUGAAAAAUAUUGAGUUUAGCGAAAGUCAAAAAAAGAAAUUGCCUUUUUUGAAAUCGCUCAGCCGACGCGAAAUUUGGUGUUUGCACAAAUGUCCGUGAUUUGCCGCACAUGUGUGCAUUCUUAGCAUACCGUACCACCACUUUUUAUUUAUUUUUUGUUUUUUCAAACGAACAACACACAACUUUGAAAAAAGGUGCGCGUUCAAAUUUUGAAGAUUACGAACACACAUUUCUAGGUUUCUACGUGUCUUUAAGGUACAAUUUUUGUCCGCCAACUACUAAAAUUUCAAAAUUCCAAAUUUUUUCCCAAAACUCCCCCAAUUUUUCAGUCACAAGCCGACAUCGAAUGGAAAUUCGCAAGAAGUCGAUUAUUCCUCGAAUAUUUCGAUGAUUCUGCCACCCUUCCACCACCAUUCAAUAUAAUUCCAUCACCAAAAUCCAUCUAUUAUUGUUUUCGUUAUUUGUCUGAUCGUUUUUGUCCAUGCUCCGAAUUUAUUCAACACGGAAAACAGAAAAGCUUGAGGGUUUGUCUGGUUUUUUUUUUGAAAAAUAUCAUUGCUCAUAUUAAAACUUCCAGUGUUUUUUAUUUGAAACUCAGGCAUUGCUCAUGUUAAAAAUUUGUUUUUUCAGAAUCAAAAAAUACUUCGAGUUGUCAAUGAUCGAGAAAAUAAUUAUCGCGUAAGUCUCCAAAUUUUUCCAAUUUUGCUUCCUUCAGCUAAAAAUUUUAGAAAACUUUGAGAAAAAUCGCUAGAACUGAACAUAACUUCAUGGUAUUUAUUUAUAUUUUUUGAAACAGUAUUUUUUGUUGAAAAUAUCCGUAAAUCUAUGCAUGUUUUGCGGUGCUCGUGCACGACAUUUAGGGGAACUUUUUUUUCCAACAAAAAAAGUUCCCUUGAAAUUAGAUAGAGUAUGAUUCCUAUCAUAUGUAUAUGAUUGAUCACCUGAAAUUCAUUUUCAUUUUAGAACCGAGAAAAAAAUCUCGUUUUCCAGUUUGUGACUCGAAACCUGGUUCAAAGAUACAUCGCCCAAAUGCAACGUGUCAAACAGCAAAGUGAAGGAGUUUCGGAAGAUGAUGUGAAUGAAAUUAAGCAAGAUAUUAGUGCAUUCCGAUAUGAAUUGCUGGGCAUUUUGAGAACUGCUGGAUUUCAAACUGGACAUACUGAUAUUAAUCAGAAGACUUAUUGUAAGUUCGGAGGGCGGAGAAGGUUUUGGGGAAAGAGGAACAGGCCAUCUGAUUUCGAGGCAAAAAUCUUCUUCCGCUCUCGAUUCACCCUGUAAAAGGCUGUGUGAAAUUGAUGAAGAGUUAGGCUAAUUCAAAUUUUCAAAAGAGCUCCAAAUCAAAUCGAAAUCAGGUGGCUGGCUAUUCGUGGCUGUGUUUUUUUGGCUAAUUAAUUAAUUAACUUUGAAAAUAAAAAAUAAAUUAAAAUAUUUUGGCGACCAACAAUCUUCUCAACGAACAAAUCUUUCCUCCUCUGGUAGGUCCUUUCACAACUGCCUAAGCUUCUCCCACCUAUUUACUGUUUUUUUUUUCAGUUUUUUCUCUUUCUCUUUGGAAUUUAACUCCUAUUUUUCUCUGAAAACUCACAUGUCGCGCUUUAAAUAUCACUGUUUGGUUUUUUGGAGGGAAAAAUUGGAGGAGAGUUGCUUAUGACGUGGCAUAAAAAAUGUGUGGCCUAACAAUUUGGGUGGCCGAGAAAUGUUCGGCCCUGAUUUUCGAAACAUUAGAGCGAGUUUGUUGCCUUGGCCGAAUUCCCGACAUUUCGCGGCCACGGCCACAUAAUUUUCAUUUUUUCCACGUCAUAGCUUUCUCCUAGCAUUUCCUUUCAAAAAAUCAUAAUUUUUCAAAUUGCCUAUCCCUUUGCCACCGCGAUUCUUUUGCAGUGUCAUUUUCCCCAAAAUCCCUUAAAUUUUGUUUUCAGCGCGAAACAAGAAGAGAGCGGCGAUGGCUGAAAGACGUCUCAAAAGUGCAGGCCUAGUCGAUUUGCCGGUUCCCCAAAUGUUCAAACCGGGCGGCGCGCGAAAUAUGAGCAUCUCAUCGAAUCAUUCAAAUGGCAAACCCAAAACCUUCACACUAAACACACCCAAAUUGAGUUGGCAGAAUUUGAAGAAACGCGUGAAUUCGAGACGACGAAUGUCGAAGUCGAAAUCGAUUGAUGUGACGCAUUUGGAUGUGGCUAGUUUGCCAACGUGUUCUAGUAUACGGUACAUUUUUUUGAGAAUCUCAUAGAUUUUCUGGAUCAAUUUUUUUGCCACGUGGCAUUUUUUGAGUUCAAAAAUUUUAUGUAAUUUUCAAUAAUUUAAAAUCCACGUGGCAAAACUUCAGAUUUUACUGGUUUAAAAAAAAUAUUUACAUUGAAAACUACAAACUUUGGAGUUUUUAUAACCUAAUAUCGGCUCGAAAACUAGUCCGCGGCCUAGAAAUUCCCUAGGAACUAGUCCAUGGCCUAGAAAACCUCUCAAAAACUAGUCCGUGGCCUAAAAACCUCCCGAAAUCUAGUCCGCGACCUAGAAACCCCUCAAAAUCUGGUCCGCGGCCUAGAAAUACCUCAGAAACUAGUCCGUGGCCUAGAACCCCUCUCAAAAUCUAGUCCGCGGCCUAGAAAACAACUCACAUAUUUUUCUUCUUCCAGCCGCGCUCCUCUUCAAAAACAAACCAACGCAAGUUUUGAUAUUACAAGUGUUGAUAAUGAUACCGAUGAAUUGUUGUGA